AGCCCAGCCCACACCGUGUCCUCGCCGCCACUCCAGCGCACCGCCUCGCCGAGAGAGCGCUCCAGCCGAGCAGAGCCUGCGCCCUCUCCCCGGAGACAGAGCCCGCAGUGUGUGUGUGUGUGUGUGUGUGGGGAGGGGGAGCAGUGAAGCGGUGCCUGACCACCCCAGGGAGAGAGCUAGCUCCAGGAGCCGUCCAACACCGCGUCCAACUGCCGCCUGCCUCCCAGCGCCGUGCAUUAACAGGUUGUUGAGAGUACGAGAGGCGACAGACAGCGAGCCUCCUUGUCCGAGUGUGAAGCCGAGCCCCCUCUCUCUCUCUCUCUCUGCGCCAUCGACCCCGGCCAGCCCCGCUCCGGUAAUGUGAUCCGGCUGUCAGUGACCCAGGGGACGGACGGGACGGGACGGGACGAGGCGGGGGAAGGGGGCAGGGAGAGCGGGGAACUUUCCCUGGAUCGCACUUUGUGGAGUUGGCGAGGAGAGAGGAGCCCGCAUGAUAAGCUCGGUGUGUGUCUCAUCUUACCGGGGACGUAAGUCGGGCAAUAAAGCUCCGUCCAAGCCAUGUGUGAAGGGGGAGAUGCAGAGAGGCGAGACGUGCGAGCGCAUCACCAUUAACGUUGGUGGCAGCCGGCAUGAGACGUACCGCAGCACCCUGCGCACACUGCCCGGUACCCGGCUAGCUGGCCUGGCCGAGCCCGGCGCCGACCGCGACCCGGGCUCCGGACACUUCUUCUUCGACCGCCACCCGGGCAUCUUCGCCUACGUGUUGAACUACUACCGUACGGGCAAGCUGCACUGUCCGGCCGACGUGUGCGGGCCGCUGUUCGAGGACGAGCUGGCCUUCUGGGGACUGGACGAGACGGACGUGGAGCCGUGCUGCUGGAUGGCUUACCGACAGCACCGUGACGCCGAGGAAGCUCUCGACAUCUUCGAGCCGUCCGACGGGGCGGAGAGGGACCCGGAGUCCGGCCACGACCCUGACCCGGACUCUGAGCCCGGCUCCGGCCGCAUGCUGGGACUGGAAGCGCGGAGCUACAGGAGACCACCUCUCGCCGGCUGCUGGCGGCGCUGGCAGCCCAGAUUGUGGGCACUGUGUGAAGACCCAUACUCAUCCCGGGCAGCACGGGGUAUUGCCUUUGUAUCUCUCUUUUUCAUCCUGUUGUCCAUCACCGCCUUCUGCCUCGAGACGCACGAGGCCUUCAACAAGGUAGUGAACUUAACGGUGAACGUGGGAGAGGGGAACAACACGCGGGUGGAGAGGGUCUACAGGCUGGAGACGGAGCCGGCCCUCUUGUAUGUGGAAGGAGUGUGCGUGGUGUGGUUCACCUUGGAAUUCCUCGCCCGCAUCAUCUUCUGCCCCAACAAGCUCCUCUUUGUCAAGAACAUGCUCAACAUCAUUGACUUUGUGGCCAUUCUGCCCUUCUACCUGGAGCUGGCUCUUCGCGGCUUGCCCUCCAAGGCGGCGAGGGACGCUCUGGGCUUCCUGCGGGUAGUGCGUUUCGUCCGCAUCCUGCGCAUCUUCAAGCUGACGCGUCACUUUGUGGGGCUGAGGGUGCUGGGCCACACGCUCCGUGCCAGUACCAAUGAGUUCCUCCUGCUUGUCAUCUUCCUGGCCUUGGGCGUCCUCAUCUUUGCCACCAUGAUCUACUACGCUGAGCGCUUUGGCGAAAGCCCCAACAGCCUGAAUCCCACUCACUUCAAGAACAUCCCCAUCGGUUUCUGGUGGGCGGUGGUCACCAUGACGACCCUGGGCUACGGAGACAUGUUUCCCCAGACGUGGUCGGGCAUGUUGGUGGGCGCGCUGUGUGCCCUGGCCGGUGUCCUCACCAUCGCCAUGCCCGUGCCUGUCAUCGUCAACAACUUUGGCAUGUACUACUCGCUGGCCAUGGCCAAGCAGAAGCUGCCCAAGAAACGGCGGAAGCACAUCCCCGGCGGGGCUCCGGACAAGACCCUGGGGCGGUGCAAACCGGACACCACCUCCAGGGGCAGCAGCACCCACACCGACAGUGCACCACUUGCCGCUGAACACAUACCGGACAGGAGGAACUCAGACUCAAAGCAGAAUGGCGAUGCCAAUGUGGCCGUGUCGGAUGACGAGAGCGCAGCGUUGAGCCGGCCACGGACCCCGGACAAGAACCACUCUGUCAAACGCUCCUCCACCAGCAGAGGCCGGACCAAGACCACGCCUGCCUGCUUCUUACUGACGGCCGAGAACUGCAAAGAUGUCCUCACAACUAAUUACUCUCAAGCAGAGGUGGUGACCCUCUCGUAACGGAGUGAGAAUGUGAUCCGUGAUGCCUUGUCUAAUGCAACGCCAGGGAGGAGAGCUGGAAGAGGCACGAUCUGUCACUCACACCUCGGAAGAUCAGAAGCUUCGAACCAACAAACGCCCAUAAACCCAUCAACGUUGUAAUAUAUAUAUUUAUUCCUGUAGAAGCAUGAAUGCAUGGUGGUUCUGUAAAUUAUGUAUUAUGAAGAAAAAUCUAUAUAUAUAUAUAUUAUAUAUAACAUUUCUAUAUGAAUUAUAGACAUUUGUUACCAUCCCGAUCAUAAUGUCCAAGAUCCUUUGAAUCGCAGCAAUAGAUUGAUGAUCUCAUUGUAACAAUUUUGUUGCAUAUUUUAUACUGAUGUACUGGUAUCUAACUGGGUAAGAAGCAAGAUGUAUAAACUCUACAUCCGAGUGCUUUAUUGUGAUGGCUGUCGUGUUCCAGUUUGUGUCGUAUCGUAGCAGCAGAGGUCAAUUGUCAAAAGUUCUUUGAAGCUGAUGUUAUUUCAUGUGAUCAAGUCUCUUUCCCACAUUGAUCCCAGUCACGUCUGUCUUUGUAGAGAUGAGCUUAAUUUUGGUGUUCUGAAGUGAAUCAAAGAUGCUAUAAGAAUAAAGCACACAGCACCAGGGGGGGGGUAAAUCAGGAAAUUUGUAUGGGAAAUCAACAGCCCCAGAACAGAUGAUGCCACUCAAACACUACACUGCUUUUCACAAGUACAGAAAGUGCUGAGGUAACUCAGUGGGUCAGGCAGCAUCUCUGGAGAACAUGGAUCGGUGACGUUUCAGGUUGGGACCCUUCUUCAGAUUGGCUUUGAGUUGUUGUUUGGUGCUGGCUGCACUGUGCAUUUGCAGAGUUACUCUAGACAUGGUCCAACUGUGAUGUGGGUGAGAAGCUGGGCUUGAGCGAUUCUCUGUAUGGGUUGUUGUACUGUUCAGUGCCUGGUCUCUCUGCUGUGUCUGUUUCAUGUCUGUAUGUUGUAGACCGUCAAUCUCUGUGCUGCCCUGCUGGGAAGAAAAUAAAUGGUUUCUCUUUUCAUCUUCACUUUAUUUUAUUUCU